GCCAUGUAUCCACUGUCGGCAAAACACAACAGCGGGACCCUCAGCCUUGUACAUCCUCUGUGCCCUUCUCUGUCCGCCGCGUCACCACCGAGUUUCUCUCCCCUGCCAUGCCCCGGGUCACCUCGCUGCUGCCCGCCCUGCUGUUCGUUCUCCUGCCGGGCCCGAGCCGGGGAUAUUUCCCCGAGGAGCGCUGGAGCCCCGAGUCUCCGCUCCUCGCUCCUCGGGUCGUCAUCGCGCUGGUCUGCCGCAACUCGGCGCACUCUCUGCCGCUGUUCCUCGGAACCAUCGAGCGCCUCGACUACCCGAAGGACCGCAUCGCGCUGUGGGUGGCGACAGAUCACAACAUUGAUAACACUUCAGCAAUCCUGAGAGAUUGGCUUAUCAAGGUGCAGAAUGACUAUCACUAUGUGGAGUGGAGACCCGAUGAUGAAAGCAGUGCGUUUUCAGACGAGGUGGGGCCUAAGCACUGGAAUAAUCUCCGUUAUGAACAUGUAAUGAAGCUCCGCCAGGCAGCGCUGGACACCGCCCGUGAGAUCUGGGCCGACUACCUCCUGUUGGCUGACUGUGACAACCUGCUCACCAAUCCGGAUGUGUUGAAGAAGCUGAUGAGCGAGAACAAGACCAUCGUGGCGCCCAUGCUGGAGUCCAGAGCUGCCUACUCCAACUUCUGGUGUGGCAUGACUUCACAGGGUUACUACAAGCGUACACCAGCUUACAUGCCUAUCCGUAAGAGGGAACGUCUUGGCUGUUUCGCUGUACCGAUGGUCCACUCCACCUUCCUCGUGGACCUACAGAAGGAGGCCUCCCGUCAGCUGGCUUUCUAUCCACCACACCCGGAGUACAGCUGGGCCCUGGAUGACGUCAUCGUCUUUGCCUACUCAGCUCGCAUGGCAGAUGUUCAGAUGUACCUGUGCAACAAAGAAACUUACGGGUAUUUCCCCGUCCCAAUGCCCUCCCAUGCUAACUUGCAGGAUGAGGCGGAGAGCUUCUUGCAUACUCAGCUCGAGGUCAUGGUGAGAAAUCCUCCAUUGGAGCCCUCCAGCUUCCUGUCUCUUCCUCCCAAGCAGCCUAACAAGAUGGGCUUUGAUGAGGUGUUUAUGAUCAAUCUGGUGCGGAGAGCUGACCGUCGUGAGCGAAUGCUAAGAGCUCUGUACGAGCAGGAGCUCAGCUGUAAGGUUGUUGCCGCUGUGGAUGGCAAAGCUCUCAACAAAUCUGAUAUAGAGUCUAUGGAGAUUAAGAUGCUGCCGGGAUACAAGGACCCUUAUCAUGGUCGACCUCUCACUAAGGGUGAACUGGGUUGUUUCCUCUCUCAUUACAACAUCUGGAAGGAGAUUCUAGAUCGUGGUCUGAAGACAUCCCUGGUCAUCGAGGACGACCUCCGCUUCGAGGUGUUCUUCAAACGACGCCUGCAGACUCUGCUGCAGGAGGUGACGACACAAAAGCUGGACUGGGAUCUAAUUUACAUCGGGCGGAAGCGAAUGCAGGUGGACCACCCAGAGACGUCUGUACCGAACAUCCACAACUUGGUGGAGGCGGACUACUCCUACUGGACACUAGGCUACAUGUUGUCAUUACAGGGAGCCCAGAAGCUCCUCAGGGCCGACCCGAUGAGCAAACUGCUUCCUGUCGAUGAGUUCCUCCCUGUCAUGUACAACAAACAUCCAGUUUCAGAGUACAUGGAGCACUUUGAGAGACGGGACCUGCGUGCGUUUUCUGCCGAGCCGCUUCUGGUGUAUCCAACCCAUUACACGGGAGACCCGGGCUACAUCAGCGACACGGAAACCUCAGUGGUGUGGGACAACGAGACGGUCAAAACUGACUGGGACCGUGCCAAGUCAAGGAAGACUCAGGAGCAGGGGGAGCUGAGCUUUGAGGCCCAGAACUCUGACGUGCUGCAGUCUGAACUGGAGGACUGGAGCACACGAGACGAGCUGUGAUGAAGAGGAGAGGACGGGAGGAAGAGGGACGGGAGAGAACUCCUGCGUACAGGGAGAAGGAUAAAGGAGAUAGAACAAAGCUGUGAGAGAGGGGGAGGUGGAUGAGAUGGAGGGAAUGUGAAAUAGAAGGGGAGGAAAGGCAGAGUAGAUGAGGGACGGAUGCUUUUCCUCAAACAUUUCUCUCUCCGAUAUUUGAUCUUUCUCUUAAGAGAGGAGGUUAGAUGCAGAGUUAACUCUUGACGAGUCAGCUAGCAGCUUUUGUUUUAUUUAUUGCAUCCAGCGCACAUCCCUUGACCACAGCCUGGUCCAAAAAUAGUUCUAUUUUUUUAAAUAAAAUUUUGCCCCCACCACAUUUAUACAUAAAUUCCUGCUUUGUGUAAUGAAUUGGAAGAAGAGUCAGCAUUUGGCUAAAAUCUUAAAUGAAUUCUUGUUACGUUUCAACAACUUUGUUACCAAAACUUCACCUGAUUGCAUGUUAAAGCUGCAGUAUGUUUUGUGUUUUAAAUGGAAACUUCUAAAAUAUAAAAAAGAUAAUGUUGAGAUUUUGUUCUUUUAUGUACUCAUAGUGGUUCCCAGCCUGUUUAGCCAUUGACCCCUGCAGCGUCUACUACAUCGUAACUAGAGCUGCAACAAUCAGUUGAUUAACCAAUGUGUCGACUGAGCAAUUGAUCGUUUUAGUCUUUUUUAAGCAAAAAUGUCAAAUCAUGAACGUGCUGAACAGUCUUUGGGUUCUGGGAAAAUCUUAAAAGAGCAUUUUUUGAAUAUUUUUUUUCACAUUUUAAAAACUAAAUGAUUAAUUGUGAAAAUAAUCAACAGAUAAAUGGAUAACGAAAAUCAUAGUUUAUAGUGAUUGUUAAUUGUAACCCUUUAUCGGGAGUCGCAUGUGUCUACUGGUCUGCAAAAGAGCCAGUUUUUAAACAAAAGCAAGGAAAAUACUGUGUAUCGAAGAAAUCAUCUCGUCACCUUUCAUAUGUAUCUUGUGACAUCCUGUGGGGGACCUGCCAGCCAGGUUGGGAACCACUGCUCCCUUCUUCCCUUUUUUGCUGAUUAGUUAAGCUCAAGCCUAUAUGUUAUUCAAGUAAGGUUGUUACUUAAUAACUUGGCCUUUUAUUUUUUAAUCAUGAAUGUACUGGUGUUUUAUUUUAUCUGCUGUCAAACCGUGUAAUAGUUUGACAUCUUUAAUAUUUCGGUCAGUGUUUUCCCCUCACUACAUAUUGCAGUUUUAACCCAAACUUGCAGCUUUUGUUGCACUUUGUUGACAAUCAGAAAAAAAACAAAUGACUAUAAGUUUUUAGUAACUUCUCAUGGUUUGUCUUCUUUGUGUUUAAAUUGUUUUCUUUUUUUAACCAAAGAAUGAAUAAAGACUUUUAUAAUGAAA